AUGCAAAGCGCAGCGUGGGCAACGUCAUUUCGGGAGCAUGAUAACUUGAUAGGUGCCUCACCAGCUGAGCAAGAUCACCAUUCAAACAACAACACCAGUUCUAUGCCACAAAGUACUUCCAUUUCUUCUGUUUGGAGUAGUAGAAAGCACCUGAAGCUUCCUGCCGGCGCUGCACUUGCGCUACUGUUGCAUUUGGUCCUGGCAGUGUCUUUCUGUGUACUUCCGAAGAAGAAGGCAUCGCCGCAGGUUCCAGUGCUGCGUCGACUAUCCAGUAGUGAGGGAGAGGGCAAUAAUUCCCAAAACGAAGGCGCAUUUAAUGACUUCUGUGCAGGGUUGUUCACAGAAUGGAGCCCCCUCCAGGGAGGAGCGGGUCACGCCUUGUCACAUCUCCCUGCCUUUUUGCCUGUGGGAACUGGCCAAGAACAGUAUCCUUUAACAGCAAAUCCCAACAAUUACCAAUAUGCAGUACCAAGGGGUGCAGAACAGAGGGCCCGUCAGGAGGCUUCGUCAACUAAAAGGGGCAGGAUUGAAGCGCAGGCAUCACACCUGUCACCGUCGACCAGCUCUUAUGGAGAUUUUACUCAGGAAGACCAGUGGUUGACGGCACCUCAGAGUGGCUCUUCUUCAGGUGCUGAUUUUGGAAAGACACUAGACAGAGAAACCUCUGCACCGUCGCCCCACGCGGGCAUUGGUGAUGUUACUCAGUGGAUGGACGCAUUGCUGGAAAAAUACGGGGACGAGCUUGAGCAGCUGCACAGUAGCCGAACUGGGCCUAUGCACUCGACCGAAUCAUCACAGGGCACAACGGCGGGGCUGGUUGACUCCGUUGAGACUACCCAGCCAUCACCUGUGUUGGCUGGGCACCAGCUCUCUGGAGCAACAGGUUGGUCAAACGGACUAGCCAACAUGGGACAAGCCAACCUGCAACUAUCCAGUCCAGGUUGGUUGUCUGGAGCCCCUGAACAGUUUCCAUCAUCCGUGUUUCGGGACAGUUCCAUGGUCCUGUUAAAUCUCUCGCCUCAGGCUGAAGAGCCAACGAUGGAACUUAAAAGUGCCCAGCAUAUCAAUAAAGGACCAGCGUGGUUGGACUGUGGCCAAGGCACUUCACAACAGAUCCUUGGAUAUGAUGACGCUCAAAAGGCUCUCCAAACCACUCAUCAAACAUAUCAGUUUUCCCCAGAAUUUGGCGACAACCAGUGGAAAACGUGCAAUACCGCAAUGCUUGCACAUACGAAGCCUUCCGUGACUUCAAUCCCAAAUGCCGCUGAACAGCUGGGAACGCAGCAGUUCCAGUUAAAGAACGAGGCCUCUGUCAGCUCUGCACUAACAGUAAAUUGA